UUCAAACUUUGCGGAAAAGAGUAGAAUCUGCUAAUAUUUCAAAAGAGUUGCCCAAAUGGCGUCAGCUGUUAAUUAGAGGCAGCCAUCAGUAAGUAAUUUACACCCGCAUCAAAUAGUCACGCUAUGGCUGCCGCUAUGAAGAAUAAACUACGCACCGAGCAGCACCUCAAAUCCGUUGAUUCCUUGGAAAGUACUCGUCGCAUACUCAGCAUGACGGAAGAAUUCAACGAGAUGGAAAUUCGCUCUCUUAAGCCUUUGUAUGAUCAGGGCGAGCAAUUGGAUCGCAUUGAGGAGGGAAUGGAUCGCAAUAAUGCGGAUAUGCGUGAGGAGGAAAAGAAUCUCAGCGGCAUGGAGAAAUACUUUGGCAUAAGCGUGCUGCCGUGUAAUAAAAUUAUUCUGAAGGACGACUGGAAAGCGAAUGAUAUGGAAUCCGAGUUGGAGAACCCAAACAAACAAAUCGAACCCAUCAAUGCCAAGGACGGUGUUAAUCAGGUGUCAAAAUUUAAUGAUAAAUUAUAACUGCUUGAUACCGAUCACCAGUAGAUGUAGCAACAACAAAAGCACAACAAUAGCAUCAAAAAUAAAUGCAACAAUUAUGAA